GCGUCAGUCAAGUUAGCAUGGCUGAUCAUGAAAGUCUCAGCAGCGCGAUGCCGGAGGAGCCGGCUCACCCAACGCCGGAGACGAUGACCAAACUGGUGAAGCGAAUGAGGGUCUUGACCCUCACGCUACUGCCCAUUGAGGUGGACCCAGAGAGUUUAGCCGAUGUCACGAGCAGGACUAUAACCCCUCAAGUGGUUUCGGCAUACAUUGACGCUGCAGGCGACUUCCUCGACGCACUGCCGUAUGCGCUACUGCGUGCCCGUAGGAGGUUCAUGUGGGAGGCUAACCACAGUCCGGCUGAUUACGGAGAGAAUUGGGGAAGAGCCAUUGCAUGUGAAGUAAUUGCACGACGGGUUUGCCACCAAGCUCCUCGCGAUCGCCUUACCUACAUGAUGUCGCAUCGUUAUCAAAUCAUCGAAUCGGAUGGUGAUAACAGUGAUAAGGAAAGCGCGGUUGAGAUUGCCAUAGACUCACACUGUACAAUUUUCUUGUCAUCCAACGAAGCUCAGGAUGUUGUUAACGAAUUAUGGAAAGGACAACUGGUGCCGAAGCAUUCUGGCCACCACGAUAUGGACUAUGUUUCAUACCAUGAAACAGAAGCUCUCGAUUUCUGGGAUCAUCUGGACGCCCAGCGCAUGUCUGUGCCAAGAUAUCAGAAUUUCUUCCGGAUUGCUGUUUGGCUCGUUUUCCUUGGCAUUUACUCUCAAGCAGUGCGUGAACCCCUGGACCGUGACAACCCGCUACAUCAGCACCUCGAUCCCUUCGAGAUAUGCUUAUACGUACUGGCACUGUCCUUUGCUGUUGAAGAUAUGCAUAAGCUCUACAAAUUACUGCACUUCGUCUCAGUCAAGGCGUUUUCCUUCUGGCUCAUCAUCGGGCUCGUUACCGACGGUCUUUUUAUCACGGCAUUCACGCUCCGCUUAGCCGGAAUAUGGUCGAACGGCACAGGCUCUGGCACGCUUCGAUUACGGAGUUUCCAAGUCCUGAGUUAUGUGGCACCAUUGAUCUGGAUGAAGCUGGUGACCGUAUUCGAUGGCUACAAAUAUGUCGGGACAAUGCAAAUUUGCAUGGCCCGGAUGAUCAAGGAAUCCGGCAUCUUCUUUGCGCUACUCUCCAUCCUAGGCAUAGGAUUCGUUCAGGGACUGUGGGCACUGGAUGCCGCAGAUGGCAGAUCGGAUCUUCCCGUCGUGAACCUGCUCAUCGAGGCGCUUCUGCAAGCUCCUGCGUAUGACAAAUUCGCAUUCAGUCCUGUUGGGUUGUCUCUGUAUUACCUAUGGAAUGUCGCGACAGCUGUGAUCCUCCUCAAUGUUCUCGUGUCGCUAUUCUCGUCUGCGUACGACGACGUCGUUGAAGACGCUGAGGCCGAGUAUCUGGCGUUCUUUGCUUCCAAGACAAUCGAGAUGAUCCGAGCACCGGAUCACUUCGUCUACCCCGCCCCAGCCAAUAUCAUUGAGCUUGUGGUAGCUCCAUGGGAGAUGGUUCUGAGCGAGAAGUCAUACGCGAAGCUGAAUAGGGCCGUGAUGAUGACAAUUUUCUUUAUCCCACUCACCAUCAUCGCGUUGUACGAGACCGCGUUGCAAUCAGGAAGGACCAAGAAUGGUUGGGCAAACAGCUGGCUGAAUGAGGGCAACGGAAGCAUCGACGACGACUCUUCCGAAACACGCGACCCCAAACUCAACGAGGAUGAUGAAGGCGGCAAGCAGAUUACUAAAGUUGCAUUCGAUGAGAUCGUGAAGGUUUUUCCAAACACAGCUAUGUCAAGCGAAGCCACCAUUCUCAAGGAGGUCCAGGAACUCAAGGAUCAGAUCAAGAAAUUGACGGAGCUCUUGGAGCGGCGAUGAGGGAGGAGGGAGUUUCCGAAAGCAGGGGCUGAUGCAGAUGGUGGACCAUCUAAUGUUGGAAUGCUAAGUCCGCUGGCGACACAUCACAGGACGUUCCGGGGACGAUUACCUACGCUAUUGAAUCCAAAACAACUUACCGGUGCUCUAACUACAUGUGUAACCG